AUGCACUUCGAUACUUCCACGUCCGCCACCACCGCCGCCAUGCCCACGAACCCUACCUCGCACGCCUCUGACCCCUCCCCCUUCCCACCGCCGGUAUCCACCGCCAGCCUCCUACUCUCGCACCGCCCGCCCACCGGCAAGGUCGCCAUCGUCCUAGGCACGGGCAAGCUGGCCGCCUCGAGGUGCUUCGCCUGCCUCGAAGCUGGCAUUAGACCCGUCGUCGUUUCCGUCCAGGAUGACGCUGCCGAUGCCCAGGACCCACUCGCGUCGGGCGACGUGUGUCCGGAGAUCCGCUAUCGGGUCCAACAGAACAUGGUGACCUUCAAGACGAUACGAUACCAGUCCGCCUCAGCGGCGAUGUCGACGUCGACGUCGACGUCGACGACAACGACCCAGGCAGAGGCAAUACGACGCAGCUGGGAGCAGCUACUCGACGAACUCGACGAGGGCGAGGCAAACUCCAUCUUCAUCGUUUGCAUCACCGACACUCUCCAUUCUGGGGACGCUGCCAAGCGUACCCCCGUCGAGGGUCAUGUUGCGGACGCCGCCGCCGCCGAUGUGGCCGCUUCGACCGCCUACGACCGAGCCGCCAUCAUCACCAAACUCUGCCGGAGGCGACGGAUCCCCAUCAAUGUGGCCGACAAGCCCGAUCUGUGCGACUUCAGCUUCCCGGCCUGUCACCGCUUCCCCUGCAUCGACGGCGCGGUGCCGAGCUCAUCUCCACUGCAGAUUGCCGUCACCACCAACGGCCGCGGCUGUCGACUCGCGGGCCGGAUCAGGAGGGAGCUGGUCAGCGCCUUGCCGCGCAAUGUCGGCGACGCGGUCGAAAAGGUCGGCAGGAUGCGGGAUAUGGCGAAGCAGGAGGACCAGGACCAGUCGGCCCAAGGCGAGGCGGCCGAGGCGAGCUCUUCGAAAGCCAGGAGGGCAAAGAAGCCGAGGGAGCGCACCGCCUCUGGAGCCUACAAGGAUGUCGAAGAGGAGGACCUCAGCUUCGACACCACGCCGCUCAACAGUCCGGUGCCGCAGCUGACGCCCAAAAAUCCGAUGGACAAGGCCGGCAUCAGCCUCAAGGCGGCGCUUGGAGCUUCGGCCGCCAAGCACGCCGCCUCAGAAAGGCAGAGGGAAGAGGCAAUCGAGCGGACUAAGCGUCGGAUGCGCUGGGUGGCGCAGAUCAGCGAGUACUGGCCGAUUGAAUACCUUGGCGGUCUCAAAGAAGAGCAGAUGAAGGGCGUCCUCAGCACGUACGCAGGGGAGCAGCCAGCCGCCGGUGCCCCCAAGGCCCAGCCAGGCGACGUCGCCCAAUCGUCAAACGACGGCGACGCGCCAGCCUCGCAGGCGGACGAGGAUCGGACCGAGCGCGGUCGAGCCACGUCUCGCGCUCCUUCUCCAGAAAGACAGGCUCGCGCACGGUCCCAGCACUCGCUCGUCAUCCGCCCACCGGCACCCGUACGCCAGAAGAAGGGCCACAUCUACCUCCUCGGUUCUGGCACGGGCCACCCCGGCCUUCUAACGGUGCUUGCACACCGCCUGCUCUCGUCGCCGGACACACACCUGAUCCUGAGCGACAAGCUGGUGCCGGCCUCGAUCCUCCGUCUGAUUCCGUCAUCGACGCCUCUGGAGAUCGCCAAAAAGUUUCCGGGCAACGCCGAGGGUGCCCAGUCGGAGCUGAUCGCCAUGGCCCUCAAGGCGGCCAUCGAAGAAGGCAAGACGGUCGUCCGCCUCAAGCAGGGCGAUCCGUUCGUCUACGGCAGGGGUGGUGAAGAGGUGCUCGCCUUUCGACGGGCGGGCAUCGAGUGCACCGUUGUGCCCGGCAUCAGCAGCGCCCUGGCCGCGCCGCUCAUGCUCGGCAUUCCCGUGACACAGCGCGGGGCGGCCGACAGCCUGGUGCUCUGCACGGGAGUCGGGCGCGGAGGCAAAAAGGUGCGACUGCCCGGCUACGAGCGCGGGCGCACCCUCAUCGUCCUGAUGGGCGUGGCGAGGCUCAAGGCGGUGGUGCAGACCCUAACGGGCAACAGCUUGCUCGGCCACACGGCUGCUGCCGCCGUCAGCGCUGCGGCGGCGGCGGCGGGCGAGGAGGACAGCAUCGGCGAUCGCGACGGCCCGGCUUUCCCGCCGCACACGCCCAUCGCCAUCAUUGAGCGAGCUAGCUCGUCGGACCAGCGCAUGGUGGCGUCCACGUUGGCCGGGAUCGCCGAUGCGCUCGAGAGGAGCGGCGAACAGAGGCCGCCGGGCAUGAUGGUCAUUGGCUGGGCCGUCCUUUCUCUCGCCGGCGAGGGCGACGUGCGGAUCUCGGACGACGCCGCCGAGUGCACCGUUUCGGAUGACUCGCCGUGGACGACGGAUGCGGAAGCGCAGCAAGAAUUGAAGCGGAGGGAUCAAGCCAGGGUGGACAGGUGGCUCGGCGCCAAGGGCUACAUCGUCAGGGAGGGUCUGGACGAGGCCUACCGCGCAUCGAUGGAAGGACUGCUGUCGUCGGUGCGACCCAACGGGGACGCAGGCGCGGCUCCGGCGGCGACUACGGCAGCCACCCCCGCCGAUGCCACGCAGAUUGGCUGGACGACGCGCGACUCCGCGGGAUGGGCGGGUCGGCGCUACGUCGACGGCAAGCCCGAAGGUGGCUGGGCGCCCGGCGAGGCGCCCAACCGGCCUGCUCGCGACGAGGCAGAGUAUGCGCAGCAUCAGGAGUAUGUCGAAAUCAGGGCCAGGCUCGCCAAGAUGGACGGGCGCGAGUGA